AUGUCAACUACCCUAGCUGAAUAUUAUUCUACAAAUUACACGAAAUGCUAUGAAAAACUUCAAGAAUUCUCAUUUCUCUCAUCGCCAAACUUUUUAAAAACCAGUGCGAUUGUGGAAUUUAUAGUGAUAAUUCCUAUCAAUUUAUUUGGAUUUUAUUGCAUUUUUGUGCAUUCUCCCAAAUAUAUGAAAGAGUUUAAAUGGCAUCUAUUUCAUUUACAAUUUUGGUUUCUCCUUCUCACAAUAUUUUAUUCAAUUCUUACUACACCAGUUCAUUUCUUUCCUGCACAAGUUCGUUGUUCAAAUGGUUUUCUUCGCCAAUUUGGAGUACCCCCUGAAUAUCAAGUUUACAUUGUUCAUUUUGUAUUUUCUGGAAUUGUUUCUUCAGUCAUUUUACUUUUCGAGAAUCGUCACAGACAUUUGGCACCGACUACGGAUUUCACGUACAAGAUUCAUAAAAGUCCUCGUAUUUUAUUAGGGAUUUUGAAUUUUUCCGUUGGAAUUACAAAUACAAUUCCUGUAAUGUUGCAAGACGAUUCUCAAGAGUAUUUGAAGCUUAAAAAUCUUGAAGUUGUUCCAUGUCCAAUGGAAUUAUAUUUUGAUUCUUGUUCAUUUGCGUCUUCGAAGAAAAUAACUGGAUGGAGUAUUCUUGCAUAUUCUACAAAUAUUAUUGUUACCAUUGAAAUUGCAUUUUUCAUAAUUCACAGUUUUCUAUGUCUUCGUAAAAGUCAGGUUGUGGAUACAUUUUCUGUUAGAACCAAGCAGCUUCAAAUCGCAUUCUUUCGAGCAGCCAUUGCUCAGGUUGCGGCUCCUCUUCUUGUUUUGUUCGUUCCGUUCAUCAUGCUUGGAUACAUAUUAGUGACGUCAGCUAAUUUACAAGGAUUAAUCAAUGUUUGCAUUUUAUUCAUACCAGCGAACAGUGCAUUUUCUACAAUUUCCCUUCUUAUUUAUAACAAAUCUUAUCGUGUUUUUAUAAUAGGAACAUUAUUGAAAAUUUUACCGAAGGUUGAGAUUUCGACGACCAGAGUUGCCAUGGCAUCAAUUAAUUGAACACGGUCUCGAAAUAAGAUUUCUCUACAAAUAAAUUAUUUUGAA